AUGACGACGAUGACGAUGACGACGACGACGACGACGAUGACGACGAUUGAUUCUUUCGUUCGCGCCGCUCGGCGAUCGUACGGCGCGACGACGACGACGACGACGACGACGGAAGCGCGACGCGCGUCGACGGCGCGCGCGGAGAGGGAACCGAGAGCGACGACGACGAACGGGACGUCGCCGGAGCGGAGCGCGGAGGAGGUGCACAUCGCGCACACGAGGACGCACGUGACGAAACAUUUGUGGCGGGAGCGAUUGCGAAAGGCGGAGAGUGGGAAGUUGGCGACCAAGCUGAGCGAUAAGCUGGUUCCGCGAACGCCGCGCACGCACAGCGCGGUGUACGUGUGGGAGACGGAUGAGGAAAUGCGGGAGAUGUAUAGGUCGCACGGCGAUGGGACGGUGAGAAUGGGACGGAUUUUGGAGGAUUUGGAUUCGCUCGCGGGGAAUAUCGCGUUCUUUCACGCCGAUGAUGACGAUGACACGACGCAAACGCCACAGUUGGUGACGGCGAGCGUGGAUAGGGUGCGGUUGAAUCGACCGCUGUCGUUGGAUAAGGACUUGGUGCUCCGAGGUGAGGUUGCCUUUGUGGGGACGUCGAGCAUGGUGAUCAGGAUGGAGGGCGACGAGGUAGAUGACGAGCAGACGGUCAACGCGACCGUGGAUGAUGCGCGCACGCCCGAGCCCGCGCUCACGGCUGAUUUCACCUUUGUGGCGAGAGACCCCGAGACGAACGGACCUUGGCCGGUGAACCCGCUCAUUUGCGAAACGAAGCGACACAAGGAGCGAUUCCAAGAGAUCCAGGCGUCCAUCGUGCGCAAAAAGCUCCGCUCCAAGAAGGGCGAUGCCGCUCUGAACGAGUUUCUCGUGAAACACCGCGCUGAGUGGGUCCGGGUGCAGCGAGACCGCGCAUGUUUGAUCAUGGAGAUGCCGGCGCUCACCGCCGGAUACAACGAGGUGUUGACGUCGCAAACCGAGGUGGAGAACAUGUUCGUGGCGCAACCGCAGCAACGCAACCUCUCUGGACGCGUGUUUGGCGGCUUUCUACUGCGUCGUGCGUACGAGCUCGCGUUCGCCAACUGCCAGCUCUUCUCGGGUGGGCAGCCCAUGUUCGUGGAGAUGAGCGACAUCGAUUUCAAGCUCCCAGUGAGCGUCGGCGACCUCGUUCGAUUCAAGUGCAAGGUGCUGCACACGGUGAACGCCGAGGACGCUCGAUGUGGCAAGCCGAGCGUGUACAUCGAAGUUCGCGCCAUCGUGACCAAUCCUCACAAAGUGACGUCCGCCGUGGCGAACAGAUUUUUCUUCAAGUUUAACGUCGAGGAGUUCGUGGACACCGACGGAGUCAAGACGGGCGAGCCCGUGAGACUUCGUCGGGUGCUCCCGCAAUCCAACGACGAGGGUCUUCUGAUCUGGGACAAAUGCAUCCGCAGAACGCUGUGCACCGACGACGAUUUCGACCAGAGGAACAACUUGUCAACUUAUAUUUAA